CGUGCAGCGGCCCCCAGUAUCAGUUCGAGUUUUUCCCAGGUGAAUUAUGAGUCAGCUCGGUGUCUCAUUUCUGCAGUGUCUGCACUAAAUAUUUACUCCGCAGUUUACAUCAGCAUGUCCAUUGCACGGCCGCAGUACAUAAGGGUAGAAAUUGUGCAUAUUAUCUGUGAAGUUAGACACAUUUAUGAGAUGAGGCACGUCAGCCCUGCUGCUGAUUACCAUUAAGUAACCCGUGGAUCCGUCUCUCUGCCAAUAUCUCCUCUCCUCCCCCUCUCUUUUUCUUUUCUCUCUCUCUCACCUCCCUCCUCUCCUCCCCAACACC